AUGCCACCACGAAGAGUUGGCAGGCCACGAGGCCGAGGACGUGGAAGGGGCCGGGGACAAGCCCAAAAUAACCUUCCGGUGUAUGAAGGGGAAGUACGAGAGGAAUGGGAGGAAGUAACACCACCUCCAUCGCCAGUUCCACCACCGUCACCACCCCCACCACCACUCCAACCACAGGAUCGUCGGGUUGAGGAAAUGUUUCUGAGACAGAACCCACCAACGUUUAACGGGUUGGGAGACCCAAUGGUGGCAGAAACAUGGAUCCGUGCACUGGAACGCAUAUUUAACUUUUUACGCUGCACUGACCAGGAGCGGUUGUCCUGUGUGACUUUCCAGCUAACUGGACCCGCAGAUUUCUGGUGGGAAGCAAGGAAAAAGACUAUGGGUCCAAUGCAUGUAGAGGAAAUGACUUGGGAAGAAUUUAAAACCGAGAUCUAUGAGAAGUAUAUUCCCAAGAGCUACAGGAAGAAAAAGGAGGUUGAAUUCUAUCAUCUGAAGCAAGGACGAAUGUCGGUGACAGACUAUGACCGAAUGUUAUGUGAAAUGGCACGGUACGCCCCAGAUCAGGUAGAUACCGAUGCCAAGAUGGCUGAGAAAUUCUGUACUGGGUUGAGACAUGAGAUACGCAUGACGCUGGCUAGCCACGGAGGACUGUCCUACACUGAGGCUCUGGGACGAGCACUGGACAUCGAGGCAGCCAUGCCAGGGGAAAAGACUGUUAGGAUUGAUAAGGAUAAUCCAAGGAAGGGGCUCCAAACCCCGGCAAAGACUGCCCCAGCUGUGAACCCUACUCAAUCCCAACCAUCUAGGGACAAGAGAAAGUGGGAAGGACCACGAGCUCAACCUGAUUUAAAAAGAGGAGGUUACAGACCAAGCAUGCCACAAUAUGGCGGAUACCAAGUUAACCCUGGAUCAUUCCAAGGGAAUGUGGUAGGACCCAGUCCGUGUCCUAGAUGCAACAGGCUGCAUAGCGGCAUCUGCAAGGCAGGAGCUGAUACCUGUUUCAACUGCGGGAGAGCUGGACAUUUUGCUAAGAACUGUCCAAGCAAGAACUCAGGGACAGGAGUAAGGCAUAACCCGUCAGCUCAGCGCCCGCAACUGCGCGCAAUGAAUGUCCAAGCUGGAUCAAAUUCACAGCAGAUACCAAUGAAUCAACAGGAGAGGCCGAAACUCCCAACACAGGCUCGAGCUUAUGCAAUAAGGCAGAAGCAGCCCGAGUUGAACCAGGGAAAUUUGGCAGGCAUGGGUAAGCUCUUCAACACACCCGUUAUGCUUCUGUUUGAUACUGGUGCUUCGCAUUCUUUUAUAUCUGCUCAUUGCGUGACUACUCUGAAACUCGAUAUAAAAGAAUCUGAACAUAGGAUGGAAGUAGUUUCCCCAGUAGGAGGACGGAUAGAAAUAUCUCGUACUUGCUCGAACUUAGAAAUCACUCUGGGCGAACUUAAGGUUGUAGCUAACAACCUCAGUGUUAUGAUUAUGUGGGACAUAGACAUAAUCUUAGGGAUGGACUGGCUGGCUGAAAACCAUGCCACCAUCUUAUGCAAGGAAAGACAAAUUUCCUUUAGAAACCCCGAAGGAGAAACUACUCGCUUUCACGGAAUCUCCAUGGGAACCCGAAAGUCUGUCUUAUCAAUGCUGCAAGCCAGCAAGUUGAUAAAGAAGGGAUGCCCGGCAUACCUUGUAUACUUGAACAGAGAAGUGAAAGAUGAGAGAAAAUUGGAUGGAGUCGAGAUCGCUCGUGAAUUCCCAGAUGUAUUCCCUGAUACUCUGCCUGGUCUACCGCCAGACAGACAAGUGGAAUUCACGAUAGAUCUAGAACCAGGGUCCGCCCCGGUGUCGAAAGCACCAUAUCGAAUGGCUCCAAAGGAACUGGAUGAACUUAAGGUGCAGUUGCAAGAACUCCUGGACCUGGGAUUCAUCAGACCCAGCGUCUCGCCAUGGGGAGCACCUGUACUGUUCGUCAAAAAGAAGGACGGAACCAUGAGAAUGUGUGUAGACUACCGAGAACUUAGCAAGUUGACUCUCAAGAACAAGUACCCAUUACCCAGGAUCGAUGAUCUGUUGGAUCAGCUCAAAGGAGCCAGUGUGUUCUCCAAAAUGGACCUGAAGUCAGGAUAUCACCAACUGAAAAUUAAGCCAGAGGAUGUGCCCAAGACGGCCUUCCGAACCAGAUACGGUCACUAUGAAUUUACUGUGGUGCCAUUUGGAGUAACGAAUGCACCAGCAGUGUUCAUGGACUUGAUGAAUCGCGUUUUCCAUCCGUAUCUCGAUAAGUUUGUCUUAGUCUUCAUUGACGACGUGUUGAUAUACUCUAAAAACAAAAAGGAACACGAGGAACACCUGCGGCUUGCCCUAGAAACACUACGGGCAUAA